UGUGUGUGUGUGUGUGUGUGUGUGUGUGUCCUCACUUGUAUAGUACACAUUGUUUGUCUGUCUGCAGUGCACAGCGCAUGGCUGCACGCGCCGACUGUACCCUUCUGCCCCUCUUCUUCAUUGCAUUGGCAAGAGUUAUCUUGGUAGAUGCGACAUGCGGCGAUAAACCUAUACAGACGAACCAUUCUAGAUAUUUCCGUAGCGGACCCUACAGACUGUUGGAAGUACUUAUUGUGGAAAGCAGAGCAUAUAAGAUACCGACGAUCCAAAGUGAGUGUGAAGAUGGUGAGCACUUAGACUCCCACGCGAGGAAGUGUAGCAGCACGGCGCCGUGCAUGACGCUGUGCAAGAACGUGGUGGACGAGAACGGCUGCAUCGACCCGUACACGUGCCAGGAGACAGGCUUCUUCCCCAAAUGCAAGACACAGUGCCUGAGGGAAUACUACCACUGUGUGGAGGUCAAUGAUGACUACGCCCCGACGGAGACGUGCUCCGAUGACCUUGUCUUCAACCCUGACACUCUGCAGUGCACCAAGACUGAGUCGUGUCCGUACAGUCACCAGUACGUGCCUCGUGGCCCUGUACCCGCCUAGCUGCUGCGGUGCCACCUGUCUCAAUAAACAGUGUUUCACUCUUCCUUUUUAUUUAUUGAAGGUCAUUCACCAAUCUAAAGAAACAACUAUUAAAAAAAGCUCACUUGUUUUCACUUCCCAUAAGAUGCCGAGUGUAAAAGUAAAUAAAUAUAUAGAAAAUGUCUUGAAACCGCAUUUGGGAGGUAGUUUAGGUCAUAGGUAGGUGGAAAGACAGAAGCAGAGAG